AUGGCUAGAGAAAAUCCAAUGGUUGAGAUGAAGUGGAUUGAUUGGGCUUACAUGAGGAAGAAGAACAAUGAAGUGUUCAACCAAGUGAUGCAAGUGUGCCACAACAAGAAUCUUGGAGAUAUUCUUGCCUUGGAGUAUGAUUGGAAUGAGGAGGUCAUUGCACAGUUCUAUGCAACAACAUUCUUUGGUACUACAAGGAAGGGAACCCCAUAUGUGAAGUGGUUGACUGAGGGUGUUAGGCACAAGAUUUCCAUGGUGCAGUUUGCUGAGAUGUUGGGGUUAGAUGAUGAGGAUCUCAAUAGGCCCAACAUUCAUAGUGAAGCACCCCUCCCCAUGAUCAAGACCAAGUUCAUGUAUGCAAAGAAUGCUCCUAGGACUUGGAUGGGAUUUACUCAUGUGGUACCUAGAUCCAUUCCUUCUACCUUAGCUGGUCCUUCUUCUAGUGCCCCACCGAGUUCCUCGAGUUCUUCUCCCAUCAAGAAGGCACUUCAGGCAAUUUUCUGUAUGUGUGCUAAGACUGCCAAGAAAGUGAAGAAGAUCGAAAGGCGUCAGAAGGAAGAUAGAAGAGAGGCUGGGAAAGAAGUGUCAGAUGAUUCUAAGGAUGAGGUCUAUGUUGAUCCAUUUGAGGCUUAUGAGGCAGCCCGCAACGUUGCCGGUGAAGGUCCAUCCACCUACUUCAAUGAAGAAUCUUCCCAUUCUGAUGAUGAUGAUGGUGGUGAUGAGGGUGACACCGAGGCAGCCGCUGAGGAUGCUCCCACUGAUGUUGAUGAGGGUGACACCGCUGCUCAGUCCGACAAGUCUCAUCUCUCCGUUAUGGAGCAUCUUGGAAGCUCAUGCAUUGUGCGUGGGAGAGGCAAGAACAAGAGGAUUUGGACGUACUUUGAGGAUGAGGAGCUGAUCAAGGCAUUGUUCGAGAUUGCUUUAGAUCCAAGCUGGAAAUCAGAAGGGGGUUUCAAAAAUGGAUACUGCCAAGUUCUAGAGAACGUGCUUGCUAAGAAGUUGCCAAGUUCUGGCCUUACUGCUGUUCCGACCAAGUUUGGCACAAUUGAAGUGAUGCUAACCAAAAGUGGCUUUUCUUGGGAUGACAAUAGAAAGAUGAUACAAUGUGAGAAACAACAAUACGAUGAUCAUUGCAGGAAAAACAAUGAGGCAAAGGGUCUAUAUGGUGUAGCAUUCCCUCACUAUGAUACACUAGCUGCAAUUUAUGGUAAAGACAUUGCUACUAGAGAAGGUGCAGAGGGUCUUGGUGAGGCUGUUGCUAAUAUGGAGAAAGAAAUUGUUCAAGAUAUUCAAGAUGAAGAAGAUAAGGAGGAUGAAGAGAGAGUGUCUAGAGAAACGCCUCGGCGGACCGCACCUCGACGAAGCAUCGAUUCAACUGCUUCAAGCUCUAAGAAGAGGAAGAAAAACAGCAACAAACUGAAAAAUACCUUGUCAAGUGACCCUUUUAUGGAUGUCUUUGCCAAUGUUCAAGGUGAUCCGACGGAUGUUACAAAGCAUGUGGGAGCAAUGGUAGCAUCUAUGCAACGUGAAGCUGAGAUCCAAGAGAAGGCAAUGGCUGAGGAGGACCCACUACAAAAAAUUCAGAACGAAGCUAUUCUUGAGUGUCAAAAGCUUGGAUUGACUGGUACUGAAGUUGUCAAUGCUGCAGCUGCUUUUGUAAAAGUGCCGGCUCAAAUGAGUAUGCUUAUCGCUCUUCCAGAGUCUCUCAGGAGGGAGUACGUACUGAAAAUACUUGCUGAUGAGGCGAAGAAAAAUUGA